AGAUGAAGGCAGCAGAAACAAGCAGCCGCGGCAGUUAAAGCGCUUCCCACAAUGCACUCCCCGGUCAUCAGCGGGAAACCAAAAUGGCGAACGUGCUUGGGGAAAACGAGCCGUUUGUUAUUUUCUGAAGAAGGCACAAGCCCCGCAAGUUUUCGAGACAUACUUUUUAUUAACUAAAUUCCGGAGUGGGCUAACAGCGGGGUCACUCACAUCCAGUUAUUUUUGUCGUAUUUGUUAUCUGUAGAAGCGGAGGUGACCGAAUGAGAGACUCAGGGGUUGUGGAUCACCUGUCUGUCCAUCAGAGAGCUCACCCCCAGCGGCAGCAGCAGGCUGUUUCCUUGUCCCCCACAAGCCUUUCUGCUAGGGUGGAGUAUGGAGAAGACGACAUGUCUGACAGGUUCACAGAGGGACAGGACGUCUUGGCCCGCUGGUCAGAUGGCUUGUUUUACUUGGGGACAAUCACAAAGAUAGAUCGGGACAAGCAGCGAUGCUUUGUUGUUUUUGAAGAUCGCUCAAAGUCUUGGGUUCUCUGGAAGGAUAUUCAGACAGGAGAUGAAGAUGAUGAGGAUGAUGAGGACGAUGACAUUGUAUGCUCCAUAUGCCAAGAUGAAACUUCAGAAGAACCCAAUGAGAUUGUCAUUUGUGACAAGUGUGGACAAGGCUACCAUCAGCUGUGCCACUCUCCCAUCAUUGAUGCCACUGUCAUCGACUCCGAUGAAAAGUGGCUUUGCUUACAGUGUGAGCCCACUGCUAUGCCUAAGAGGGGGAGUGCACAUAGGAGGGCAGUGAAUGCUAAAGGCUUUCUGCAGCAGGCGCACCAUCAGCAACACAUGGAGCUGCACCUGUCCCUCCCAUACGCGCUGGAUGAGCUAGUGUGGGACCCCGAACACAAGGCUAACAUCCAACAAUGCUACUGCUACUGUGGAGGUCCAGGAGACUGGUAUCUGAAGAUGCUGCAGUGUAAUAGGUGUCAGCAGUGGUUCCAUGAGGCCUGUCUUCAUUGCUUACAGAUGCCCAUGCUCUAUGGAGAUAGGUUUUAUCGGUUUAUUUGUUCCGUUUGCAAGGGUGGACCAGAGUACCUCAGCCGGCUGUCUCUCACAUGGGAGGAUGUCACACACCUGAGUCUGUACAACUUGAGUGUGAUCCACAAGAAGAAGUACUUUGACUCUGAGAUGGACCUGAUGACUUACAUCAAUAAUAACUGGGAGCUGCUGCAGCUGGGGGAGCUUGCCAACACUCCAAGAUCAGAGCGAUAUGAAAGUGUUCUGGCGGCAUUAAACAACAACAGCAGCAUGUUCAUGUCUGGAAAGGAAGUAAAGAAAAAGAAGCAUUUGUUUGGGCUGAGGAUCCGUUUCCCUCCUGCUCCUCCCAACUCUGAGCCAAACAGCAGAGUGAUGGAGCGAGCCUCACAUGAGAUCACCAUCAAGGGAUGCAAGUCCAACAAAGCCCUGACGGGCAUGAGAACUUGCAGUACUUUAACCAAUGGCACAGAGAAGAAAACAAAGAAGAAAAAGAGGAAGCAAGGAACACGCUCUCUGGAGGCUCUGGCCAAACCACGACGCUCCAGUGAACUCUUGUCCCAGGAACUAAGAAAGCCUCUACCACUAGAGUCCCACGCAUUGGAUCACUUAACCUCCAUCAAGAGUGACAGAUCUUUACUGUCAUCUCGAACCUCAGAUGUGGAAUCCAUAGGAGCCCUGAGCACCACAGAAACUACCUCAACCAGCAUUUCAAGGCAGUCCAGCCUCUGUAGCUCCAGCAAGACUCGUACCACAGCCUGCAUCAUGCCUGUUUCCCCUCCACCCUUAAAAAGGAAACGUGGGCGACCACGACGGGCCCUGCAGCCCCCAAACCCGGAGAUCCCCCCUCCCAGCCACGCAGACCCACACCCUUCAGCCACAGAGAUGCUGAGUGCGCUCCCAGGGCUGCACUCCACAGACAUAGUUCACGGCAUGGACCCCAACAGCCAGCUCUCCCACCUCAAGAGCUCCAUCAGCAGCUAUUUCGGAGCAGCAGGGAGGCUGGCUUGUGGGGAAAAGUACAAAGUCUUGGCUCGGCGGGUCACCCUGGACGGCAAGGUGCAGUACCUGGUGGAGUGGGAAGGAGUCACCGCCUCCUAGACUUGUCUCGGUUGUCAUCAUCACUUAACUAGCGCCUGCAAGAGGUGUACGGCUGUGCGAAGGACAUGUGUACACAGCCUGUAUUCAGAGCAUUAAUUGAUAUAUGCCUUUGUUUAGUUUAGGCAGACGCAAGUUUUGCCUGUUAAGCUUACUGCAAAGCCUACUGGUUCAGUGCAGUCCAGUCAGUGUAAGUAUAGUGCAUUUAAACAUAUGUCUCUUCUUCAUGUGUUUAAAGAUUACAGUUCAUUGAUAAAGACGAGGCUUUGUCAUAAUACCACCAUAUUUGUGUUCUUCUGCUUUUAACUCUCAUUAUCUGCUUUGAAUGUUUACAGAAACCCCCAUUUAUUCAGGGGUAAAUAACCAUCAGUGCACUGCACCCUUUAGGCUUUCAGUGAACCGUUAUUGUGAUCGAUUUUUUUUUUAACCCAGUGAUAUGCUUUUCAUUCUCAGACCAGUUAAGUAUGAAACUAAGUUCGACAGAAUGUAGUCAGUCAGGUAUAAAAUUGUGAAUCGUGGUGGAUAAGAGAAACGGGAAAAAGAACUGUCAUUAACUUUUACUACUGCAGUCAAGCAGGGUAAAGUUACAUCCGUUUGAUUAACAUUUAUUUUCUUACAAAACGUGUCCCCUUUUUAUAUUAGUGUCCCCUCCUUCUCUAGUCCCAGCUGUGAGUACCUCUUGUUGCCUUUGGCAGACAUAUCCUUCAGUUCUCAUUUGAGAGCAGUUCAGGAGGAUCUCAAAACGAGAGAUGUGCUGCUGCAAAUGUUUAUUAUUUUAUAUAGAAUUAUACUACAUUUAUUAUUACCUUUUCUACUUGUACUUCCUCAUCAUGCCCUUUUCUGUUUUGUAGGGCAGAUUUCUCUGAUUUUCUUCUUUUUUAAUAAUGGAUUGCACAUAAAAUUAUAUGUUAGACUGUCAUCUCAUUUAAAACCGAUCAGCUGAAAAAGUCAGAUUAUGGCAUAAUUUCUCAUCCAAGAUACAGUUUUGUAAAUCUUGUUUAUGUGGGGCCCAGCAGCUUAAAUCAAAUAUGAGAUUCUAAAAAGAUCCUCAGAUUGUUAUUCCAGCAUAUAAUGUAAUGUAAAUCUUGUUUUCAUGGUAAAGAUUUUUUUUUUUUUCAAGAAGCUUUGACAUCUUUAGUCUACAUAUCCUUUAAAAUGUUAUGAUUGAAAUUGAUUUAAAAAAAAAUGACUGUUAUCUUUUGAAAUCUUUAAGGACCUGUUGAGUUUUUAGUUUGUCAAAUAGUUAGUCAUAAAAUAAAGUGCUGCAUCAGAUGACUGUUGUAUACCCAGUUCACAUACCCAGAGUCCAUGAUUGCUCUGUUUGUUUGUGCUGCCUAUGCAAGUUAGUCUUUGAAAAAUGUUCAGUCAUAUAAUUGGACCAUACGGCUUUAAAAAGGGGAGCUUCAGCAUUGUUGUCGUGAUGAUUUUGACUCAGGCGUCUUUCUUUUGUGCAACAAGUGCAACUAAAUAUUGACAUUAAAAAAAUGCACUUGGAUGUUUUUGCUUUUUAGUCCACACACUCAGGAUAUGCCCAUUGCCCAAAUACUUCACUGUAUUGCAUAGGCCAGCAUUUGGAGCGUGACAGGAGGUUUUGAUGUAAGUUAUUCAGUAAAUGUUGUUGGUCAGUAUUUUUAUAUCAGGUCCUCCAUUUGUCAUAUUAAUUUGGGCCAUUUGUAUGUAUGUACUCUUUUUUUUUUCUUCUUUUUUUUUUCUUCUAUGAGCAAAAUAAUUUGUAGUCCAUGUAACUGCCACACAUGCUUGUUUAUACUGAGUCAGAAAACAAUCACUGGAAAACUAACGUGCUGUAUGUUGCAAGAGGUAAAUAAUCGGUUAGUGUCUCUUUUUGGAGAUGUUUUUGUUAAAAUGGACAGACCUUUUCGUGACACUGAUACCUCUUAAGUGUAAGGAUGUAGUCAGUGCAUUUGAAGCUUCUCUCCUCUGUUCAGCCAGCGUCUCAGCCUACAUGUCGCUGUCACUGGCUUCCAGCAGGCUGCUGCAGCCAAAGAACAUACAUGUAACGUCUGCUUUGUCUCUGAGAGUGUUCUUAUUACAUUUUUAUACAUCAUUAUAUAGGCCGACGUGUAACUUCUGAGCCUGUUUUUGUUAAAGGAUAAAUAAAAGCCGAUAUUUUCAA